AUGUUUAAGUUUGAAAUUGCGCUGUUCCUUUGUGCAACAGUUUUUGUGCAGAGGACAUCUGCCUCAGAUUUCGUGUUGGAUCAAGGAGUGCUGGUGCUUUCAAACAACGACUUCGAACUUGCUCGAGAAAGAUUUGAUAACUUGUUCGUUGAGUUCUAUUCAACGUGGUGUGGGCACUGCAAAUCAAUGGCUCCUGAGUACAUCAAAGCAGCUCAGAUGCUCACAGACAGAGGUGCAAACGUUCAACUUGCAAAGGUUGAUGCAGAGUUGGAGGACAGAUUGAGAAAGGAGUACAAGAUAACAAACUACCCAACAUUCAAAUUCUUUGUGAAGGGAAAAAAUAAGAUUCUGGAUUAUUCAGCUGGUCGUCAUGCUGAUGACAUUGUGAACUACAUUGAGAAGAAAAUUGGUCAGCCUGCAAGAGAGGUUAACACCAUUGAUGAAGCCAAAGCACUCCUUGACCAAGAAAUUUUUUUCCUGUUUGCGUUUGCUAAGAGCCUGGAGGUGAGAUCGGUUUUUGAGCAAGUGGCCUUCGACAAUGACAAGUACUUGUUUGCCAUCACAUCCGACCCUGUAUUGUUCUCAGAGUUUCAUGUCAAUGAGGACACCAUUGUUGCUUUUAAAAAGUAUGAUGAAGGGAAAGCAGAAUUGACAGGUGACAUCACGUACGAAACCAUCAAGAAGUUCAUCCUCGAUCACCACCUUCCACUUGUCAGCGAAUUCAGUGAGGAGAACGCAGAGAAGAUCUUCACGACAGGUAUCAGCAAGCAUGCUGUCCUCUUCAUUAGAAAGUCAGAUGCACAUUCCAAGAUCCAUUUUGAUAGCUUCCAGGAAACUGCUCUUGCAUUUAGAGGCAAGGUUGUUUUCUUAUAUGUCGACCUGGAUGACGAUGACAACCACAAAGUUCUUGAAUUCUUUGGAUUGACACUGGAUGAGACGCCAGCAGUUCGAUUCGUUGACCUCACACGACCUUCUGAUCCCAUCAAAUACAACCCUACAAGUGCAGAUUUGGGUCAGAGUUCAAUUCAGGCAUUUGUUGAUGGAGUGCUUAAUGGAAAGAUUAAGCCAUUCUUCAAGAGUGACCCGGUGCCAGCUGAUUGGAAUGACAAACCAGUCAAGGUGCUCGUUGGCAAAAACUUCCAGGAGGUUCUCGAUCAGGCUGUCACCUCUAAGAAUGUCAUCGUUCUCUUUUAUGCACCAUGGUGUGGACACUGCAAAAAACUCGAACCGAUUUGGGAAGAGCUCGGCGAGAGGUACGCACAAAAUCCCAAAGUUCUCGUUGCCAAAAUGGAUUCAACCACCAAUGAACUGGAAAACAUGGACAUCAAAAAUUUUCCCAGCGUAAAAUUGUUCAUCCGGGGCACCAAAGAUGUUGUCGAUUACUCCGGCGAAAGAAGUCUAAUGGCCAUAUCUGCAUUUGUUGACAGCAAUGGAAAGGUGGUCGUGGUUGUUCCAAAUACUGCUGCUGAACCAGUGAAAGAUGAAUUGUAG